AUGGGCAAGCCCAUAGAUCUUCUUCCGGAAAUCCACGUUGCAGAAGAAGCUUGUCACGCUAGUGUGGGUAGGAAGAAUGAGGGUAAUGUUUCCAACCCUCGUAUUGGACCACUGAAUGGUGACACCGCUGUUUCCUCGAGCCUUUCAGCCCAGGAGGCGCAUCAUAAGGCCCGAAAGUACACGAUAGCCUACCUGCCGCUUGUCGAUAAGUCCCACGAUGCGUCUCACUAUUUCAAUACUACAGAAGACUUGGGGGUAGAUGACCACGACUGUGAAUCAUCCGCGCCACCUGCGGACUAUUUCCCGCUUUCAUAUUCGGCCCUUCCUACGGACCUCCCGCCGAUAAACAAGGAUAAGCUCAUUCUGACGGCCGCAUAUAUAGCCGAUAUUGAUCGAUACAAUCCGCACGCAAUCAACGCCCGGCGUAUCAUGAGUGACGAUACCACUUGCAUAACUGAGGGUACUCCUGACUAUUUAGUCCCUGUCAAUAUCUGGUUCUCUGCAUGUGCUUGCCCGGAAACAUACGCAAGGCUCGUGCGCAAAAGACCGGAUAUGUUGGCCCUAUGUCUACGAGCAUGUAUCGCAGCGAAUUAUCAAGACAUGUGGGACGAACUGCUAGUGUCAUCGGCUGUAUCUGCUACUUCUCAGUCGGCCGGCACGGACAAUGAGCGUAAGGGUCUGAAGCUUCAGAAACUUGACAAGGUAGUCGACUCUGCACUUUAUAUGGAGGCGCUUGACUCCAUCCAAAUUCGUGACCUGGGCUUUGCAGUAUGUGCGAGGGAUGUCGUUGGGCCGGACAAGAAGAUAUGGGAGAAAAAUUGGCUCUUGACCUGA